AUGUUAAUAAUAUAUUUAUAUAUAUUUAAACAGCAAUUAUGUUUAUAUAUCUUUAUUAAGUAUCUUUAUCGUACCAAACAUGCAUCUGAUUUUAUUACACAAUCAGAAUUUUCUAAUUGGCUUCUUAAAGUCGGUAAUAGAACUGUACCUAUUUUAAAUGAUAUAGACAAUAUAAUUGACCUUCCUCCUGAUAUCGUUUUACCUUCUACAUCUUUACAAGAUUUUAUAUCAAUAGUUUAUCCAAAUUUACUGUUUCUUUUCGAAACACCAGAAUUAUUGCUCGAACACGCAAUCUUGGUUCCGCGUAACAAACAUGUUAAUGAAAUUAAUGAUAUUAUUAUAGAAUCUCUUCCCACUACGAUUAUUCACUCCUUUAGUGCUGAUACUUUAGAUCCUGCAUCAACAUCUUUCACCCAAUUAAAUCUUUUUCCAGUUGAAUUAUUAAAUUCUUUUACCCCUUCUGGUUUCCCUCCUCAUGACCUUAAACUCAAAGUAGGUUCACCGAUCUUACUAUUAUGUAAUAUUAAUCAAGAACAAGGUCUGUGCAAUGGUACAUGCCUUAUUUGUAAAGCUAUUCAUAAACGUGUUUUAGAAGCAGAAUUUCUUCAAGGUCUCCGCGUACACACCCGAAUUUUGCUCCCCCGUAUCUCAUUUUCACCCAAGCCUGGAGAUCUACCAUUCAAAUUUAUUCGAUGCCAAUUUCCUGUCAUGCCUGCCUUCGCAAUGUCCAUAAAUAAAAGUCAAGAGCAAACUUUAAAAUAUGUUGGCAUCGAUCUUCGUGAACCUGUGUUUUCCCACGGUCAACUAUAUAUUGCACUAUCUAGAGCAAUAGAUCGAAAAAAUAUAUCAAUCUUACUUCCUUCAAACAAAACUGACAAUAUAAAUAAUCAAACUACAAACAUAGUAUAUCCUGAAGUAUUUGAUUAUUAA